AUGAGCGGCAUUCAAAACUGGGGAAGUGCAAGUAUGGCAGCCGUUAUUUUCUAUACUUAUGAUGCUUAUGAUGUUGUCCUUUCCCAGGCUACCAAUUUGAAACCGCUAAUCAUAAGAAUUAUGAAGAAAUCCUGUGUUCUGAUAUUAUUAACCUUCUGGGUAACAUAUGGCUAUUCAACUAGAGCAUGCCUGUGUUUUGAUAUUAUUAUUCUUAAUCAUCAGCAUUUGUCAUUGGCACCUAAAUUCUCGGCCAAGGGAGUUAAAAUUAUUGAGUCUAUGCAUGGUUGUUUUAUCCCUUACUUUCUCUCUCCCAUCUCCCAAGCUGAAUAA